UUGUGUAAUACGCAUGAUGCAAUACGCUUACACCGAAGAAUUCUUUUGGGAAACCGUUCGCCCAUAUGUAUUUGGCAAACAACAUAUGGGGCUUUUUAUAGACAAAAUUGUUAAUGCUGCAAAAAAACCAUACCGUUCUAUACAAAUAUUAAAUUUGUGGCAUAUGGAAACGCAUUGUCCUAUCAUAAAAAUAAUACGAAAUAUUUCGAAUACUAUAAGCGAAGUAAAUAUAUCGAUACAAUAUACCGACACAUUAAAAAUUGACUGCCUUUCUGUAACUUUUACUACGGGAGCGUUACCCAAUUUUAACAAUUUUACAGAUCAUAUGGUAUGCGUGAAAGAGAAUUUAAAAUUAUCAUUAGCACUUAAUGAAAGUUAUUGGAUGAUAUUCAAUGUACAACAAAUUGGUGCGCAACUAAGUUCCCGCUGUUUGUCUAUAGAUGGCUCCAGUAGUAAGUGCUGGUCGAUUUUGACAUAUCCAAAACGUCACGAGCCAAGCUUAGACAUAUGGUAAACAAACCGCUUUGACAUGUUAAUGAUUUUGUUUUGGCGUCAUAUACUUUUAGUUGUGUGAAAAUGUCUGAUUUUGUACCAAAUAAUCGUCAUUUGCGGGAAGUGUUGAUUUUCUUAUUUCAUUCGAAGAAAACGGCGGCUGAAGCGCAUCGAGAGCUCCAAAAAGUUUACGGAGAUGCUGCUCUAAGUGAAACAACGUGCCGUGAUUGGUUCCGUCGCUUCAAAGACGGUGAUUUCGAUGUUGACGACCGUCCGCGUGAAGGAAGGCCAAAAACCUUCGAAGACGCUGAAUUGGAGGCAUUGCUCGAUGAGGAUCCAUGCCAAACGCAAGAACAGCUUGCUUCAGCAUUAGGAGUUACCCGCCAAGCCAUUUCCAAGCGAGCAAUACGAGCAGAGGCACGAAAAAGUGAUUCUACUGCAUGACAACGCUCGGCCUCAUGUUGCCAAACCCGUUAAAACUUACGUGGAAACGCUCAAAUGGGAAGUCCUACCCCACCCGCCAUAUUCCCCAGAUAUUGCGCCGUCCGAUUAUUACUUGUUCCGUUCGAUGGCACAUGGUCUGGCUGAUCAGCAGUUCCGCUCAUAUGAAGACAUCAAAAAAUGGCUUGAUUUGUGGAUAGCCUCAAAAGACGAAUACUUUUACCGUAACGGUAUUCGAGCUCUGCCAGAAAGAUGGGAAAAAGUUGUGGCUAACGAUG